AUGGGUAUCUUUCUAAGCAAAAACCAAAACCUCCCACCACAACUACCACCACCAUCAUCGUCGGAGCUCCACCACCGGCAAGAUUCAAUCCUAGGCAAACCAUACAAAAACCUCACAGAUGAUUACAAAAUUGGUAAAGAAUUGGGAAGAGGCAAAUUUGCAGUGACAAGCAUCUGUAAAGAAAAGUCAACGGGUAAGAAAUACGCAUGCAAGUCAAUUCCAAAGAGGAGACUUGUUACAGAAAGCGAGAAGCAACAUUUGAAGAGAGAGGUUAGGAUUAUGGAGCAUUUAAGUGGUCAAAAGAAUGUUGUGGAAUUGAAAUGUACUUAUGAAGAUAAUCGAUCUGUGCAUUUGAUUAUGGAGUAUUGCGAAGGCGGAGAGCUUUAUGAUAAGAUGAAAGCGAAGGGUAGAUAUAGUGAGAAAAUUGCGGCUCAAAUUAUUAGUUCAAUAAUGAAAGUUGUUUAUUCUUUGCAUUUUAUGGGUGUGAUGCAUAGAGAUUUGAAGCCCGAGAAUUUUUUGUUGUCAAAAAGAGGUGUUUUGGGGUUUCUUCCAUGUUAUGCUGAUUAUACCAUGUUGAAAGCAAUUGAUUUUGGAUUAUCCGCGUACAUCGAGGAAGGAAAACUUAACCAAGAGAAAGUUGGAACCGCAUUCUACGUUGCCCCCGAGGUUUUGAGGCGUCAAGGAUACGGAAAAGAAGUGGAUAUAUGGAGCGCAGGGGUGAUUCUAUAUAUGUUACUCACCGGAGUGCCACCUUUUUAUGGUGAAGAUGAGAAAGAGAUAUUUCGCGCGGUAAUGAAAGCAGAUCCCGAUAUGGAGAACCACCCGUGGCCGUCGAUUUCAAAGAACGCGAAAAAGUUGGUGAAGAAGAUGCUCACAGUGGAUCCAAAGAAACGCCCAACUGCUGCGGAUGUUCUUAAUGAUCAGUGGUUGGUGGACAAUGGUGUAGCAACCAAAAAUCCAAUAGAUGAUGAGUUUCUUGUUAGGAUGAAGAACUUUAGAGCUAUGAACAAAUUCCAAAGAUUCGCACUCCAGGUUAUUGCGGAUAUCAUCCCACCAGACGAACAGGAGGGACUAAAAGCAAUGUUUCAUAAUAUAGACACAGACGAAGACAAAGUUAUCACACGUGAAGAACUUGAGAAAUCAUUAGUUAGGGUCGGAUCAAAUCUUGGGUCUGAAGAAAUCAAAAUAAUAGCCGAAGCUGCUGAUGCAGAUAGGAAUGGAUUGAUCGACUACAAUGAGUUUAUCACAGCCAUGAUGAACUUUCGGAGAACUUAUAAAGAGGAACACCUUCUUAAAGCUUUUCAGAAAUUUGACAAGGAUGAUAACAAUCGUAUUUCAAAGGAUGAACUAAAAUCAAUGUUGGAAGAAUAUAAAAUGGGCGAUGCAGACACCAUUAAUGAUAUAAUAUCAGAAAUUCAUGUGAAUGCUGAUGGUGAAAUCAGCUAUGAAGAUUUCUGUAAAAUGGUAAAAAGCUAA